UGAAAUUCUUUAUUUCUAUUGGUUGGUUUUGAAGAUAAUGAUUUUGUAAGAUGAAUGAGAAGGCAGACACUGUGAACCACGAUGCAAACGAGAAAGCAAAGCCAGACUCUGACACGGAAGAGAAGAAAAAUAUUUCCAAGUUGGAAAAUUUGUCAGUGGAUAAUAACAGUCCUUCAAAACAAAGCCCCCGACCGCAAGUCUUGGCUCGUAGUGCAGUUGCGUUCAAUGACAGGUUUCCCGUUGCUGAAGACCAGGUUGGACCACACAACUUUGUGAAGUUGAAACUAUUGGGAAAAGGAGACGUAGGCAAGGUCUACUUAGUUCUUUUGAAAGGAACGCAAAAGCUGUACGCAAUGAAAGUGUUGACUAAGGAAGAAAUGAUUGCUAGAAAUAAGGUGAAGCGAGUUCUUACUGAAAGAGAAAUCCUAGCAACUGCUAAUCAUCCUUUCAUCGUUACCAUGUUCGCUUCUUUUCAAACGGUUAAUCGGCUUUACUUCAUUAUGGAGUAUUGUGAGGGGGGUGAAUUUUUCAGAGUAUUGCAACGACAACCCAAGAAAAGAUUGAAGGAAGACGCUGCCAAAUUCUAUGCGGCGGAAGUUGUAUUGGCCUUGGAAUAUCUGCAUCACAUGGGCUUCAUUUAUCGAGAUCUGAAGCCUGAAAAUAUUCUUAUGCGUGGUGACGGUCAUAUCGCUUUGACUGACUUUGACUUGUCCAAACAGGCGCAUCCUGUAUCUCCCAGAGUCGUCGAACAAACAACCUCAUUACUGGAGAAGAUUAAAAGUAGUUUCGGCAACAAGCGUGAAAAGAAGCAUAAGUUGGAUAUCGUCGACUCUGAGCCAGUUCUUCCCUACGCAACGAAUUCUUUUGUUGGAACGGAAGAAUAUAUUGCACCUGAGGUCAUUCGAGGCGUUGGACAUUCUUCAGCUGUUGAUUGGUGGACUUUGGGUAUUCUUAUCCAUGAAAUGAUAUAUGGAACCACUCCUUUUAAAGGUUCUUAUUCGGAUGAAACAUUUAGUAAGAUUAUCAGUGGAAAUAUAAAGCUUCGCGAGGAUCUCCCUAUUUCCAGUGAAUGUAAAGAUAUAAUGAAGAAGCUUUUGAAGCGUGAUCCAAGCAAACGUUUGGGACAUGAAAAUGGAGCAUCAGAUGUAAAGAAACACCCUUGGUUUCAAGACAUUAACUUUGCUUUGAUUCGAAAUGAAAAGCCUCCAAUCGUACCCAAAGUUAAAGAUCCUCUUGAUUUGACGCAAUACGGACCACUGCGUGAUGAAGACAAAGGUGACGAUGUGGCUGCAUUGGAAGAUUUUGACCCUGAAGAUCCCAAAAAUCCCUUCCGCAACUUUAAUUCGAUCAGAAAUGAAGAAGACCUUUCACAUCAAUAUUAAAGAGUAACUCUAUGUCGUAUUAGUACUUUUAGAUAUUAAAUUGGUUCCGUUCUUCUGUAUAUAAGA